AUGCUCUUCAUCGGCACCAUCACCCGAAUGAUCGAGGGCGACAGAUACAAGCACCACCACGCGCCCGCGGCCUAUCCUGCCGUCGUUGGCGUUCCUAUGCCACUGCAACACGCCCCCUGCAGCUGCCGCGGCGACCGCUUCUGCUCAGCAUGCUCCCCUCAGAGCCACCACGUCGGCGGCGUGGUCCCGAUGGUCGCCGCCGCCGCGCCCGUCCUGUCCCACCAUGACGCGAGGCGGGAGUGGAGAUACGAGCGGCGCGCCAUGAGGGACUCCCGCCGUGCCGCGAGGCACGGCUAUGGGUACGGGUACCCCGUUGCGGUGCCCGUCGCGAGCGCCUAUGGCGCCGGCCACAGCGGCUACGCCCGUGACUACUAUGAGGCUGGCCCAUCGUCCUCGCGGGCUCUGCCGGAGCGGAGACAGGACGAGUACUGGGAGGAUCAGGGCCUUGCAGCACCGGCUGGUUUCAGAGCAAGCCACGUUGAUAGGGAGCAGCGCGAGGCAUCGCCGCCAAAGUACGAGACUGGCAGCUGGGAGCCGCGAAGGACGUCUGUGGAGGUGUCGACGGAGGGCAAGAGGACCUACUAG